AGAAAUAACUUCCAUAACACAACACACUAUAUGAGGUCGCGCGUAACCAUAAGCUGCUGCCAAAGAUCUAGCCUAAAAUAAUGGAAAAUGUACAAGAAUCAAAUUAAGCAGGAAGGAAGGAGAUGAAGAAGAGAAAGUGAACGCUGAGAACAGAGAAGCCGAAAGAGAAAGGAAGAUGGAAGAUAUGAUCAUUGCUUCUUCUUCUUCAAGGGAGGCAAUCUCUGCUGCUCCUCCUUCUGUUUCUUCUCCUAAGAAGGCUGCUGGAGGAUGGAGAUCCAUAAAAUACAUUCUUGGGAAUGAGUCCUUCGAGAAGUUAGCUUCAAUGGGUUUGAUAGCCAAUCUAACAGUUUAUCUACAGACCCAGUACAAUAUGGAUGGGAUUCUCGUGGUUAAUGUAUUCAAUGUUUGGUCUGGUUCCUCUAAUCUUACACCAUUAGCUGGUGCUUUCUUAUCUGAUGCAUAUCUGGGCAGGUUCUGCACUCUUCUAUACGGUUCCAUAUCAUCUUUCCUGGGCAUGGUGAUCAUCACUCUCACCGCAGGUGUACAUGAUUUAAGACCAGUCAGCUGCCAUGGAGAAACCAAUUGCGAACAGCCUCACAGUUGGCAGCUUGCUAUCCUCUUUGUGGGUCUUGCAUUGCUUGCUAUUGGAGCAGGAGGGAUUAGGCCUUGCAACAUUGCUUUUGGAGCUGAUCAAUUCGACACGAGAACAGAAUCUGGAAGAGCCCAACUAGCGAGCUUCUUCAACUGGUGGUACUUCUCUUUCACUGUAGCUCUCAUUAUAGCUCUCACAGUGGUGGUCUACGUUCAGACCAAUGUCAGUUGGGUUGUUGGUUAUGCCAUUCCAGCUGCUUGUCUGUUCUUCUCUAUUUCAGUUUUCUUGAUUGGUAGAAACACUUACAUGAUCAAGAAGGCGCAAGGAAGCGUUUUUGUUGACAUUUUCAAAGUGAUUGUAGCUGCCUUGAAGAAACGCAGUCUUGAAUUGGCUUCUGGGCAUUCCCUUUAUGAUCCUUCAAUGGUUGAAUGGGACCAGCAAGAAUCAAAACUUGAUCACACUGAUAAAUUUAAGUUCUUCGAUAAGGCUGCUAUACUUGCUGAUCCAAGCGAACUGAAUGAAAAUGGCAUGCCCAGAAAUUCUUGGAGACUAUGUAGUGUGCAUCAGGUGGAACAGCUAAAACUGCUGCUAGGAGUAGUGCCAGUUUGGUUUACAGGAAUUUGUUGCUUUAUUACCAUGGACCAAAUGAGUACUUUUGGGUUGAUGCAAGCAAUUCAAUCAAACAACUCCAUAGGCAAUUUCAAAAUUCCACCAGGCUGGAUGGGCCUCAGUUCGAUGAUUGCCCUUUCAAUCUGGAUCUUCAUUUAUGAGAAAAUUUACCUGGUUCAAGCAAAUAAAAGUUCUAAGAAAGACAAAAGAUUGACGAUGAGACAGAGAAUCAACAUUGGUAUUAUAAUGGCAAUUCUAUGUAUGUUGGUAGCUGCAGGUGUUGAGAAGAAGCGCCGGGACUUGGCUUUGAAAAAUGGCUCCCUCGUGUCACCUAUGCAUAUUCUGGUGCUCAUUCCACAGUUUGCCUUGUCGGGUUUAAACGAAGCAUUCACUGCGGUUGCUGUUAUGGAAUUCUUUAGCACUCAUUUGCCAGAAAGCAUGAGAACAAUUGCUGGGGCAAUCUUCUUUCUCAGCCUGUCUGCAGCUAGUUACCUGAACACGGCUCUUGUCAAUUUAGUCCAUCAUUUGACAGGGAGGAAUGGAAAAUCACCAUGGUUGGGAGGCCAUGAUCUUAAUAAAAUUAGAGUGGAGAACUAUUACUACCUUACUGCUGGUCUAGCAGCUUUGAAUCUCCUAUAUUUCAAUCUUUUUUCAUACCGUUAUGUGAAGAACAAUGCUGAUGUAACCGAAUCAUCAAGACAAGAGGAAAAUGAUUUAGAGAAGAAAGCUACUGCUUAAUUUGUUUUGAUUUCCUUUCUGAAGCCUUAAGUAUUAUUCUAUUGUCUAUCUGUUUCCUUAGUCAGCAACUUCAGUCUCAUAAGUAAUUGUUUCUUUCUUUUGAUUGGAUUAAUUGAUUUAUAAUUAAGGAGAGAGUAAUCUAAUGUUUUUAGCUUGAAA